UGUAUACAAGCGUAACCUGUCAUAGUGCUGAGAGAAAGGAACGUGAGAGGCUCCGUAUUGUCGACUUUUUUGUUUUUGCGUUGUCGUUAUGCAGUUUUUAACGCUAGAAUUUGUGGUACAGGGAGUGUAAUAACAUCUAUUUGUACGUAUAUUGUGAAGUAAAGUGUGAACUGUGUGCUGAGAGUUAGUUAGCCUUGUAGCUGUGAGCUAGCUCGAACAUUCCAGCCCACUGAGAGGGUUUGUUUCAUCAGCCGUCUCUCACUCAGUCUCGUUUGUCUAAGAAGCGUCGUUUAAAGAGCCUUGUUUCUAUUUAGAUGGCAAGCUUUCCAGAUUUUGUCAACGAAAAUGAAAUAGAUAAAGCUAAGUUCAUUGGAGAACUUUUAGCUCCUGUGGCUCCGUUUGACCAGAAGUCCGGACGGGAGACAUGGACUGUAGCUUUUGCUCCUGAUGGUUCCUAUUUUGCUUGGUCUCAAGGACACCGCAUUGUACGGCUCAUACCGUGGUCAAAAUGCAUGAGCAACUUCUCCGUGAGGAAAGAGGAGUGGCUAAAUGGCGCAGGCCCCAGGCGUUUGUCUCGGCAAGGUAGCGAUGGUGCCCAAGUGCCUGGUGAGCCCCGAGAGCACACCAUUGACUGUGGUGACAUUGUUUGGGGGCUGGCAUUCGGUUCCUCUGUUCCCGAAAGACAGAGCCGCUGUGUGAAUAUUGAGUGGCACCGUUUUAAAUUUGGCCAAGACCAGUUGCUGCUGGCUACCGGCCUCAACAACAGCCGCAUCAAGAUAUGGGACGUGUAUACAGGAAAACUUUUGUUGAAUCUAAUGGAUCACACAGACAUUGUGCGGGACCUAACAUUUGCUCCAGAUGGCAGUCUUAUACUGGUGUCUGCUUCGAGAGACAAGACAUUGCGUGUGUGGGAUCUCAAGGAUGAUGGUAACAUGAUGAAAGUGCUGCGUGGACAUCAAAACUGGGUGUACUGCAGUGCCUUCUCCCCAGACUCCAAAGUGCUGUGCUCUGUGGGUGCAGGCAAAGCGGUGUUCCUGUGGGACAUGGAUAAGUACAGUCUGAUUCGUAAGCUCGAGGGCCACCAUAAUGAUGUGGUGUCCUGCGAGUUCUCUCCUGAUGGAGCCUUGUUGGCCACAGCCUCCUAUGACACCCGUGUAAUAGUGUGGGAUCCUCACACAGCCACUAUAUUGCUCGAAUUAGGGCACCUUUUCCCUCCUCCAUCUCCUAUAUUUGCAGGGGGAGCAAAUGACCGCUGGGUUCGUUCUGUGGCUUUUUGUCAUGAUGGCCGCCAUAUUGCCAGCAUCACUGAUGACCGGUUGGUGCGCUUUUGGAGCAUCGAUGAGAAAUCUCCCCAGGCCGUUGCCUCACUCACUAAUGGCCUAUGCUGUGCCUUCUCUACAAAUGGAAGUGUUUUAGCUGCUGGUUCACGUGAUGGCGGUGUUCAUUUCUGGGAGUGUCCUCGCAGUGUCGCCAGCCUUCAGCACUUGUGUCGCAUGACACUGCGAAGAGUACUGUCCACACAAAAAGUCUACACACUGUCGAUCCCUCAAUGCAUGCAAGAUUACUUGGCCUACAGGAGCUUCUAGCCCAAAAGGCACAGUGGCAAACUGUUAAAUCAAUAAUACAGCCUUUAUAUGAAAACUGGGUGCUGGAAGGAUUGAGGACAAGAAAAAUAAAUAAAUAAA